CGGGUUUUCUCAGAAGGCGAAUCGGAAACAAAGCUAAUAUUUUAACUCCAAAUGUGUUCGUUCAUUUUGAACAUAAAGCCAUUUUCGGCAAACGGGUAGCUAUAUUUCCUGUUGGUCAAUAACUACUUUAUGAUAAUGGUGUUCUUGGUUAAUAUUUAAUAAACGGUGUAAAACGUGUAAUAAGGUGUCUGCACUUGUGAUGGAAAGUAGCAGCUUUAAGCGCAAAUCAAUGUUUACAAAGGAUAGGUGGCUCUGGUGAUGCCUGAAUAAAAAUACUUCGAACGUAACGAAUCAGUUUUCUGAAUUCCCUCAUAUUUUCAAUUCAAAGAAUAUAUUUCUGUAGCCACAUAUGACAAUUAAGUUUAACAUCUGUGUUCUUGCAUCUCCCUGCAAGAACACCGUCGACCGUAGUUCAACUUGCUACAGGCUAUUUCCAGUUCACAUCUGAGUAUACAAGAACAAAACGGCAAAGAUGCAUAAACGGCAGCAAUAAUACCGAUGCUGAAUGUUGGGAGCCAGAGUGCCUGGAAAAUGGCAUCCAGGCGGAUGGAUUGAUGCCCAGAAACAAAACCUCUGCAAGAGGAAAUCGCAUCCCUCAGGCUGUCGGUAUGAAGCUGGAGCCCACCACCAUGGAUGUUAAUCAGAUGCUGGUGGUUAAAGAAGAAGACGCAAAAGAUGAAAACCCGAAACUGUACCACAUAAAGAAGGAAGAUGAGGAUGUCUGCAUCAGCCUGGGGGGAGAGCUGCACAAAGUGAAGGGGGAGUUUGAAAGUGGCAUAAAGUGUGAGGAUGGUGAACAGUCCCCUCUGCUCUCACAGCUUUAUCAAGACCAAAUGAAAGAUGGAGAACUUUCAGAAAAAAACAGAGAAUCCAUCAGGACAGAAGAUCAUGGAGAUGAUUCCAACUCCUUAGAGUCUGAAGACACCGAAAGGGAUGAAGAGGAUGAUGAUGCAAAUUGCCCUGUCUCUGAAAUGAAAGACUCAUCAGACUCUGGACUGGAAACUAAGGACAUGGACCAUAGCUGGAAGGAGAGCAGAGCUCCUGAGUCAGAUGGAAACCAAGCGAACAAACAAGAUUCAGAAAUAAAGUCUCCAAGCUCUCUGGAUAUUAAAAAAUGUUUUAAAAAGAACAAAAAUGUUAACACACGAAAGAAGGUACAGACAGGAGGGGAAUUUAACUGUGAAAACUGUGGCAAAACCUUUUUUGGAAAAUGGAAUUUAAAUGCACACAUGAGAAUUCACACAGGAGAAAAACCUUUCUGUUGUGAUGUUUGUGGAGACAGAUUUAGCCAUAGUUCACAUUUAAACACGCAUAUGAGAAUCCAUACAGGAGAAAAACCUUUCUGUUGUGAUGUUUGUGGACACAAGUUUAGACAAAAAUCACUUUUAACCACACACAUGAGAAUCCACACAGGACAGAAACCUUUCUGUUGUGAUUUUUGUGGACACAGAUUUAGCCAUAAAUCUAGUUUAAUCACACACAUGAGAAUCCACACAGGCCAAAAACCUUUCUGUUGUGAUCUUUGUGGAAAUAGAUUCAGCCGUAAAACUACUUUAAACAAACACAUGAGAAUCCACACAGGCCAGAAGCCUUUCUGUUGUGACGUUUGUGGACACAGAUUUAGCUGUAAGUCACAUUUAAGCAGACACAUCAGAAUCCACAGAGGACAGAAAAUAACUGCGGUAUGACGACUCAAGCUGCACAGCUCCAGUUGGUUGUGAAAUAUUUAUUUGUUGGCAUUCUAGGCAACAGUCUUCAUUUUUAAUCUUAAAACGUUUUAUUUAAGUAACGGAUUAGUUUAGUUGCAUGACUGGUAGCUUAUUAGCUAAUUAAUCUGUUGCUUAGACUGAACUGUAGCACAGGUGCGUUUGAAGUUCAUGUGUUUCUCCAAGGUACAAAGAUUGAAUUGUUUGUGUGAUGCCCCAAGAUGUCAAUGCUACCAUUCCUAACAUCAGAACUGAGCAGCCCUUCCAGUUUGUGGGCUGGUGACCAACUGGUUUUAAAAGGAUUAUGAGGAUGAAAAGGGGCUGAUAGACGAUGCUUGUCUACCAAUGAAUAGGAAAAAAUACUUUAAUCUGUUCAGUAAGAAUGUAAAUACACUCCUGCUUUACUACAUUAACUCUGUACAGUGUUUGAAAAGCCUGUUUAUACUGUAAUGUUUUUUAAAGUUAUCCUGUGCUUGUUAACAGGGACCUGUUUAACCCUCUGCAGUGUUUAUAUAGUCAUUUAGAAAUAUUUGUGUUUUAUUCAACAAUUUAAAACAAAAAAAUUAGCAUUCAAUUAUGAACUGAGCAAAUUAAAAUGAUUGAAAUCUUCACAAAGAGAAAAUGUUUGUUCACUUGUUUCAAUGUUAGUGUUUCCUCUUCAGUAAAGAGGAAACAAUGGGACCUGGUUUUGUGGGCUGAUUCUCACUAAUUGAUUAAAUAUUAUGUAGGUUUAGGUAACUUUAAGAUCUGCACAUGAUUAAUCAGCUGACCUUGACAUCAACAGAACAAACUCACUUGUGGAAGCAUACAGUAUUCUUUAUUUUUUCAGGUAAAACUACAGGUGUGACUCUUUCUGCAGAGAUUAAUCAAUCAAUCAAUCAAUCAAAUUUCAUUUGUAUAGCACAUUUAAGCGGCAAGGCAUUUCAA